AUGUCCCUGCUACGCGAAGCGGAGAGAUGUCUCGCUAACCAACAUGCCCACAAUUUAAAUGCCUUCAUCACCCCACUGUCGCGCUCUGGGAAGUGGCUGGACCGCGUGAAGGAAGCAGACCAGCGCAGCGAGAAAGGAACUCCUAAAUCCGCAAUCGAUGGCCGCCUGAUCUCGAUCAAAGACAAUAUCUGCACGCGCCAACUACCGACGACAUGCGCCUCGGGGAUUCUCGAUAAAUUCACCAGCCCGUUCAAUGCUACAGUGGUAGAGCGAUUGGAAGGGGCUGGGGCUGUGAUUGCUGGAAAGACCAAUCUAGAUGAAUUUGGAAUGGGAUCGCACUCGGUUCAUUCGCGAUUUGGACCUGUGAAGAAUCUCCGGCGAGACUCCGCGGGACAUGAGAUAUCGGCUGGUGGGAGCUCAGGUGGGAGUGCAGUGGCUGUUGCUGCAGAGCAAUGUUAUGCUGCAAUUGGAACAGAUACUGGUGGCUCCGUCAGGUUGCCCGCUGCAUACACGGGAACGGUGGGCUUCAAGCCAUCAUACGGACUGAUCUCGCGAUGGGGCGUUGUGGCAUAUGCGAAUUCACUAGACACAGUUGGGAUUUUGGGAACAAAUACUUCCACCGUUCGAGACAUCUUCUGUAAGAAUGCGCUCCCUGCUCUGCUCUGCUCUACACUCGACGACAUGAAAUCAGAACUAGACCAGCUAACACAUUUCCAAGCCAUCCUCAACCACCACGAUCCCCGCGACCCAACCAUCCGAACCGCCUGGCUCCUAUCUCUCGCACAUCUGCAAAAGCAAGGCCACACCAUCCAUCCGAUCUCAUUGCCAACAACCAAGCACGCCUUAUCUGCAUACUACGUCCUCGCACCGGCGGAAGCUUCUUCAAACCUCGCCAAAUACGACGGAGUUCGCUACGGCACCCGCGGCGACGGUCCAGAUGGAAAUGGCCAGCCGGAUGGAGUUCUUUAUUCUAAUACGCGAGGUGUUGGAUUCGGAUCGGAGGUUCAGCGCCGCAUUCUUCUUGGCACGUUUAGUUUGAGUGCGGAUUCUAUGGAUAAUUAUUUUAUUCAGGCGCAGCGUGUCCGGAGGCUUGUUCAGCGGGACUUUAAUGCCGUUUUCUCGGUUCAACAUCCUCUAUUCGAUGUGCAAGCUGUUCAAUCUGACUCGGUUGGUGCUGGUGCUGGUACUGGUGCUGGCGCUGAAGUUGACGUGAUUGUCUGUCCUACUGCACCUUCGUCUCCGCCACGGUUAUCGGAUCUAACUGGUGAUUCUGGCCAGUCUUCACCUUUGGAUGCCUAUGUCAAUGAUGUGUUUACCGUGCCGGCUAGUUUGGCGGGUCUUCCGGCUAUUUCUGUGCCUGUGACGGUGGCGGAGUCUAGCCGGGAUUCUGGCGCUGAUGAGUUGGCUGGUAUUCAGGUUGUGGGUCAGUAUGGAGAUGAUGAGUUGGUUAUGAGUGUUGGGGAGUUGCUUGCAGGCAAUCGACUUGGAGAGCAAUAA